AUGACCUCUUUAAAUGAUUUAUUAAAUCAUCCUGCUGCUGAAGACAUCUCAGAUACCAACACUACUUUAUUACCCUCACCCCCUACUUCUCAUUUUUCCUCUAGUUAUUCUUCUUCCAGUUCAGAAGAAAAUGAUAAUAUUAACGAAGCUGGAAAUAUUAACGUUCAAAAGACAAUAGACCGUAACGCCGGCUAUAUCCUGCCCGAAAAUAAUGAGAACAACGUUUUAAUAUGUAAAUGGGAUGGAUGUGGGUUGGAGUUUCCUCAAGCCGAAGUUUUAUAUCAACACCUGUGCCAGGAUCAUGUUGGUAGAAAAUCACAAAAGAAUUUGCAAUUAACCUGCCGCUGGGACGAAUGCACUGUCCAAACGGUCAAAAGGGACCACAUAACAUCGCACUUAAGAGUUCAUAUUCCGUUAAAACCUUUCAAAUGUUCUGUUUGUGAAAAAAAAUUUAAAAGGCCACAAGAUUUGAAAAAACAUGUGAAAAUACACUUUAAAAAAACUCCAAGAAAGAAGAGAACAAUCAGUAAAAGCGAUAAUGGUAGCGGGAUCAAUAAAAAAGCACAUGAUACUACUUUUACAGUCACUGGUAAAUUACCUCUAUUAAAUGUUAGUAAUAACAAUACUCCGCAUAAAUUAUUCAUUAACCAAAAUCCGCUUCAACCUUUUAAUACUCCACCUAACACCUAUCAGACAAAUACUUUAUCAAAAACUGAUUUAAAAACUUUCAUUGGUACUCGCAAUGAUAUGAUUGUUAAAAAACCCGUUUAUUCUCUAGAAUUAAGCCAAUCCAUUCAAAAUUUGACAUUGCCCCCCUUGUCCAUAAAUGCUCGUAAUAAUGAUAGUAGUAAUAAUAUUAAUCACAGCAGAAGCAAAAACGCUGGUAUGGAUAAUUCAAGCAAUAAUUUACCUCCUUUGUGUUCUCUAAGAACUGCUUCAAACUUUUUCACCAAAUUAACCAAUAAUAUGAAUCUUGCCGCUCCUGUAGGUGACACUGCCGACACUAUUAUCAACAGCGAAAUUAUUCACAGUAGAAGCAAUAGCACCAAUAGUAGUUAUGGUACUAUUCGUACCUGCAAUGGCGGUGAUAAUUGUUCCGGUGGAUGUACUCCUAUUGUCCCCACAACUGUGAACAUUAACAAUUGCACCUACAGCAAUCCUAGUGCUGUUAAUAAUUCAUACACUCACAAUUUGCCUCCGCUAUCUAUGUGUGUAUCUAAUACCCCUGUCGUUAAUAAUACGCUUUCAGCGAUGAAUACUGCUAAGAAUAGUUUGAAUCUUUCAGAAUAUCCUUCUAUUUUACCAUUCCCGGGAACAACAUACACUUCUUCUGCUGCUGCUGCUGCUUCUUCAUCAUCAUCUUCUUCUUCUGCCACUAAUACUAAUAAUAAUAAUUCUAACCCUAGUCCUAUUGCUAAUCCUAUCCAUCGUACUAUUAGUAAUAACAUUUCAUUAGGCCAACAAGCUUUUCACUUCGGACAAAACAUGUAUUCAGCAUAUAACAAUACUAAUACUAACAUUUAUAAUGAUGGGGCAACCCUUAUUAAUAAUGUCACUGCUGCUAAAAAUAAGAAUAAUUGCAACACCAAUCAUUUUCAACCUGGUGUGGUUCAUAAUACUAAUGGAAGCACUAAGUCCAUUAACAGUUUGUAUUCUUAUCAAAACCCGUCUGAUUAUGUAUCAUAUAGCGUUUAUCAAAAGGCAAAUGGGCAUACAAAUGACACAGAAGACGAAGAAGAAGAAGAAGAAGAUUGCGAUGAUGAAUAUGAUGAUUAUGAAUAUACUUUAUUAUUGGCUAAAAUAUUUAGGGAUUAUCUAGUUUGUGAAUUAUGUGAACAAUAUCUGGAAAAAGAGAAAGAGGAAGAGGAAAGCGACAAAUUCAAUAUCAAUAUUUCUAUUCCUGAUGCUACUGAGAAUGAUGAUACUAUGUCAACCACUGAGUGCAAAGGAGAUAAUCAUGAUAUUGUUACUACAAUGUCUAGAUUUAAUGACUUAACUUUAGAUUAUCCGGAGAUUAGAAUUGUUUGA